AUGCGGGAACAGGGCUCUCUCUCCCGCUCUGCCAUGUCCUCGUCGGGAAAAGCCGCCGCUUCCUCCUCCUGCCUCUCCUCCCAGUGCUUCGACCUCCUGACCAGGUCCUGUGUCAAGUGCUCCGACUUGUUCAAGGACAACACAACAGAGCCCGCCCGUGCGGCACCCACAUCUACCCUGGCCCCCACCCUCCCCUCGGUGGACCUGCCCAGCACCCUCCUGAUCUUUGGGAUCCCGUCGGUGGUGGGGCUCAUCCUGGCCCUGGCUGCUCUCUGGGGCUUCCUGGCCUGCAAGGUGGGCAAACAGAGGAGGAAGAGGAAGGCGGCAGAUGUUGAGGCUGAAGCAAAUGUGGAUGCUGCUGGCUCCCUGCCCAGCCUGGCCUUCCCGGACCCUGCUGUGCUGGAGGGAGAUGCCUCCCUGGCCCCAUGUCCAAAUCUCAACGGAGGCCUGAAGAUACCAGGGCUGCACAGGAAAGCUGGGGCAAAGCGGAGGCCGUGCUGCCAGGGCGAUGCUGAUGGCGACAUCGUCCUGCUCUCCACCGUCUACCCCCGACGUGAAGAGUGCAACCAUGGCUUCCCGCUGCCCGCCACCGAGCUGGGAGCCACAGCCCUGGUCACCACCAAAACCACCCAGAACUGCGCCAGCGAGGAGAGAGGUUGA